AUGGCCCAACUCCCUGGAAUAACAAGACUAAUGGCUGAACAACUUCAACAUGAAUUACAAAAAUUGGAUCCAACUUCAAUUAUGAUAAUUACUUCCAAAGAAAUUAUUUAUCAAGGCAAAACUCAAGUAAUGCAAGCCCCUUUGAAGCUUACUGAUGCUCAGAAGAUUCGACAAAAAUUGCCUCUAUAUAUCAAGGACUUUCAGAAACCUAUUACAAGUACUGGCCUACAAGACAUGGUAGAAGUUUUUGGCUAUUCCUGGGAAGAUAAAGUGCAAUCUAUUUGCAAGAAGAUUAAAUGCUUCAAAAAUGAAGAUAAGGCCAUUUAUCGAUCUUUAAAAUG